AUGUCGACAGCUCCCUCAAGCUCCAUUGACCUCUCUCUCGGCCUCGAGGGCCAUCAUGUCCUCAUCACUGGCGGCGCUGGCCACAUCGGUCGUGUCGUCGUCGCUGCAUUUCUAUCUGCCGGAUCCAACGUAACUUCAUUGGACAUUGCUCACAAACCCGAAGAUCAAAUCCUAGAACCGCAAGUCCAACCCCACCAUGCCAACCACCCGAAGCUCCUGGCCAUACGCACCAACAUAACAGACCCGGAAUCCGUCAAGCAAGCAUUCGACCUCGCCAGAUUGCACCUGGGCGACGUGCACACAUGCGUGUGUCUCGCCGGCCUGGACCUAAGUGUCCUCUCCAAAGACGGCCUGAUCGGAGGCGACGUUAAAAAAUGGAGGACCGUCCUCGACGUCAACGUUAUCGGUAGCAUGGUCAUAGCACAAGCAUGGCUGGCCGGUAUCCAGCGCCUCGCAACGCCACAUCCGUCGUCUCCCAAACAUCUCUCUCUGAUCCUCUGCUCGUCCGAGGCCGCACACUUCGGCACUCCGCUUAUCCCUAUCUACGCUACCUCUAAGGCCGCCCUGCAUGGUCUUUUGCGUUCCCUUGCUGAAGCCGUGCCCAAGGCUCAGCCGUAUGCCCGCGUCAAUGCAGUUGCGCCGGGGCCUGUUGAUACGCCUCGGUUUAGGGAGGAAUGUGCGGCGGACCCGCAUCAGUUUUAUGUUGAUGCGCAAGCUACUGUGCCGAGGCGUAUGCCUGUGCCGGUUGAAGACGUGGCGAAGACGUGUGUUGUGUUGGCGAGUGGGAAUAUGAGUGGUAGUGUGCAUGGCCAGGUUGUGCGUGUGGAUGGGGGCAAAACGGGGAAUUUGGUGUGGCGGGAGGGCGAAGUCGGGCAAGAGGGGUCUGGGAGAUAG